CAAUUUUAAGAUAAUUAUUGAUUUGCAUAUUUUUUUAUAUAGUCUUGACUCUCUUACACUACAUUUUAUGAUUUUCUUACACUACUAUUCCAUGGGUACAGCAGCUAAAAGUUUAGACAAUCUGCUUUUGUUAAGGUGCUUUGUGAAGAUUACCUGUAUGCAUUUUAUUGGACAUAGUAGUUUGUAAUGUCGGACUUAACAGCAUUCAUGUAUCUGGAUAACUUAUCUUUGUUUUAUUUUUACUGCAAUUAAUAUAUUCAUCAUCAGUGUGAAGACUGUUUGAAUACAGCAGCAGUGACAUUGCUGAGGUCUCAUAUUUUCAUAGUUUUUAAGUGCUUUGUAUUCAACACGAUGAAAUUCAUGGGUGGUGCGUUGGAAAGGUUGGUCGCUAUGAAAUGUACAUACAUAGCGCUUUUUUACUGCAUUUGGCACAAUGUUUAAAUACUUCUAAACUCUAAAUUCUAAACUGACAUCUUAUCUGAUCAUUUCUCUCGUAUCUGUGUCUACGUUUGUCAUCAUUUUAUAAUUGUCGUAAUAGCAUUUAAGUUUUGCCGGGGGCGAAAGCCCAAAUUGUUGUUUGAUGGAUUAGUAGCAAUACCCGGCGAAUAUUUGCCUCCUAACUACGCAAAGGUUUAUGGAACUGGAACUCUCCGUAGUUGUUGCAAUUAUGACGCCUUUAUGACGACUGGAUGUUGCACAAGUGACUUCAAGUUCGUCAGGUCUUACAACGACAAUACUUUGGUUGCUGGUAGUACGCUGAAGAGUCCAGGUAUCACUGUUGAGGAAAAUCUUUUGGUGAGAGAGAUUCAGCCGAGGUAGGCAUACUAGUUUUGUAUUUUUGUGAAGUCUCUAUCUUGGUUGUUUGAAAACAAUCUAUAAUCAGGUGUUUUGCUGGUUUGUGUCACAGCAGCACACUUGUUGCCAACUGUUACCUUUCAUAAACAUUACUACAGAAAACAGCAAGUAUACAUAGCGAACUAGUUUUAGACAAAGAGCUCGAUCGUGAACAGCAGCGGCAGGUGACAUUCCUACUAACUGCUACUGACGGAGGAGCUCCGCAUAUAAAUACUUCGACAUUCCUUCGAAAAAAAGUGGACGCCAAGAACUUGCUUUUCUUUAGUUGUUUAUAAUACAAUGACGUUUUUGUGCACGUUACUGGGUCUUAAGUACAACAAACACACGUACUGCGAAGUGUUAAUUUAAAGGGAUUUUUCCCGGCAUUUUAUAAUCUGCUAUUAUUAAUACUGCUCAUAUUCUGCAUUAUUUGUGUUAAUUGAUAAUGACUUUAAAAAUAUAUAUAUAUAUAUACAGUAUGUGUUUUGUAAAUCGUGUUUGACACAACUGUCUGCCAAAUAACCUUAACCUUGAAAGUAAAAAUGGCUGUACAUUCAGCGUAGAGUAGCCUACGCCACGUUCCCCUUCUCUCUGACAUCAGGUUCGCUAGCAGCGUCUUUUCAGCACCACAAAUAUGGACAGCAGCCUUUCCCUCCACGAGCUCUAUGAUUGUAGUGCUCCUGCUGGAAGUUUCUAGCAUAUUCCAAAAUCAAAUGAGAAGAACCUCAUAUGGGGGUUACACUUUAAAUCACUAAUUUGCGCCAUUAGAAUAGUUUAAAAGACCACUUUCCUAAUAGACUCAAUUAUAAAUAGUCUGACAGUUUUAUUUGUAUCUUAUACCAUGACCCCUCAUUAAAAGUUUAUUCUCAUUAUUAUUACUACUACUACUACUACUACUACUACGAUUCUUUAAUUUUAAUUCAAUUCAAUUAAACGCUGCGGUCAGCGACCCUUUACACUAUAAUACUAGUAAAAGAUUAUGGCAGCUUUACCAAUUUAGGUUCACAAUUUAAAUCCUACCUGCUAUUUGGUCUCAGUACUCAGAGUGUCGCUAUUGGCCAACUUUAAGUUGUUUUGUCUGUUUUCCACCCACUACUGUCAUAUUUAAAUCGUGAACAAAACCAGAAAAUCCUGCGCAUAUCGAUGAAACAGUAUGACUCGGAAGCAAACGCUCGCCUAGGCUCGUGUAACAUCACAUCAACCUGCAACAUUACGUGGUUUAAAAACCUCGAAUUCAUUUUGAUAAUAUUCACCUUCCCUUUUUUUGAAAUGAAGGCAUUUUUCACCUCGUACAGUAUUUUCAUUUUGGCAUGGGUUCAUAUUUCUCUGCACUCUUGUUAUGGCGACUUGAGUUAUUCUCUUCCAGAGGAGAUGAAACGGGGAGCUGUGGUCGGAAAUAUAGCGAAGGAUCUUGGGCUUGAUGCAAAAGGAUUAUCGUACCGCGAGGCUCGUUUGGAUAUGGAGGGUAAUGACAAACGCUUGUGUGACAUAAAUCUACAGACAGGCGACCUGGUCGUCGCUGAUAGAAUAGACCGAGAGGAGCUUUGUGGAUCGACGACAUCAUGCUCUCUUAAAUACGAACUGGUUUUAGAAAAUCCUCUUGAGCUGCAUCAAAUUACAAUUCAAGUUGAAGACAUAAAUGAUAACUCACCUCGGUUUCAAAAGGAGGAGAUCCUACUGGAAAUACAGGAAUCUGCUUUGAAAGGUGCUAGAUUUCUCCUAACCGAAGCCCAUGAUGCGGAUGUGGGUCGAAACGGUAUUCAGAGCUACUCACUGGAGAAGAACGAUCAUUUUACUUUAGCCGUGCAUUCAAAUUCUUAUGGUGGGAAAAAUAGCGAAUUGGUUUUAGACAAAGAGCUCGACCGGGAACAACAACAGGAGCUGUCAUUGUUGCUUAUUGCUUUGGAUGGGGGCACUCCUCAGAGAUCCGGUACUGUAGUCAUACACGUCACUGUUUUGGAUGCCAACGACAAUGUACCAGCGUUCAGUCAACCCAGUUACGAAGUCAAUCUACCUGAAAAUUCUCCGUUGGGUACUGUCGGUGUGACUGUUACUGCGACAGACGCAGAUGAAGCGGCAAAUGGAGAGGUCUCUUAUGAAUUCAGUCAUAUAUCUGAUAAAGCAGUCAAACUAUUUUCUAUUGAUAAAGUAAGUGGAGAAAUCAAAGUGAUUGGACCGAUAGAUUAUGAAGAAAAACAGAAAUAUGAAUUAAGAAUUCAAGCAAAAGAUGGAGCAGGACUGGCUUCUACUGCUAAUGUUUUAAUAGCUAUUCAAGAUGUUAAUGACAAUGCACCAGUAAUCCUUUUGAAGUCGUUUAAAAAUCAUGUUUUGGAAAAUGCAGUGCCUGGCACAGAAGUAGGCAUUAUAAAUGUGCAGGAUAAAGACUCAGGAGAAAAUAAGCAGGUCCGCUGCACCAUUCAGCAAAAUGUCCCCUUUAAAUUAGUUCCUUCUAUUAAAAACUAUUACUCCAUUGUAACAACAGCAGAACUUGACCGUGAAAUCAUAGCUGAUUACAAUAUAACUCUCACAGCCACUGAUGAAGGCAAUCCACCAUUGUCAUCCUCAAAGAUAAUACAUCUGUUUGUGUCAGAUGUAAAUGACAAUCCCCCUAUAUUUGAGGAGCAGUCCUACAGCGCAUAUGUGACUGAGAAUAACAAGCCUGGCUCCUCUGUCUGUUCUGUUACUGCGAGAGACCCAGACUGGAGACAGAAUGGCACAGUGUUCUACUCUCUGUUGCCCAGUGAGGUCAAUGGUGUUCCGGUCUCCUCAUAUUUAUCCAUUAAUGGAGACACAGGGGUGAUCCAUGCUGCGAGGGCCUUUGACUAUGAGCAGUUCAGAAGCUUCAAAGUUCAAGUAGUAGCCAGAGACAAUGGUUCUCCUCCACUCAGCAGCAACGUGACUGUGAGUGUGUUCAUAACAGAUGAGAAUGAUAACUCUCCUCAGAUAUUAUACCCUACUCCAGAAGGAAACUCCUUCAUGACUGAGAUGGUUCCUAAAGCUGCUCUUUCUGGCUCGCUGGUCUCCAAAGUGAUCGCUGUUGAUGCUGACUCUGGACAGAACGCGUGGCUGUCAUAUCAGAUUGUCAAGUCGACUGAUCCGGGACUUUUCACUAUUGGUCUCCACAGUGGAGAGAUCAGGGCUCAGAGGGACAUUUCUGAAUCUGACAGCAUGAAGCAGAACCUUGUGAUCUCAGUGAAAGAUAACGGACAGCCCUCUCUCUCUACAACCUGUGCCGUAUAUUUACUCAUCUCUGAUAACUUGGCUGAAGUUCCUGAACUAAAAGACAUGUCCUAUGAGGAGAACAAUUCUAAACUCACAUCUUAUCUGAUCAUUGCUCUGGUGUCUGUGACUACCUUUUUCCUCACUUUUAUCAUUCUGAUUGUGGCCAUACGGGUUUGCCACAGGAGAAAGCCCAGACUGUUGUUUGAUGGAGCAGUUGCCAUUCCCAGUGCAUAUUUGCCUCCCAACUAUGCAGAUGUUGAUGGAACGGGAACUCUCCGCAGCACUUACAACUAUGACGCCUAUAUGACCACAGGCUCCCGUACCAGUGACUUCAAGUUUGUCAGCUCUUACAAUGAUAACACACUGCUUGCUGGUAACACUUUGAAGAAGAGUAAUAAUGACAGUAGCAACAGCCUUGACUUUACUGAGAAUGGAUCCAAAUUCUCCACUCUGCAAAAACCACCCAAUGACUGGCGCCUUCAACCAAACCAACGACCUGGACCAAGCGGCCAGCACAGGUUCCACACCAUUCAGCAGAGAUGGACCCCAUACGAGAAGUCGAGAGCUGGCCCCCUCCCAGAGGGAGCAGGUGUGGUUGCCGGCACUGGACCCUGGCCCAACCCCCCCACUGAGGCGGAGCAGCUCCAUGUUCUUAUGGCCGGAGCCAACGUGAGUGAAGCCACGGCGACCAUGGGACCUCGCUACAAUGCCCAGUAUGUCCCCGACUACCGCCAGAACGUCUACAUCCCCGGCAGCACCGCCACCCUGACGGCCAACCCGCAGCAGCCACCCCAGCAGGCCCUGCCCCCGCCACAGGUCAUGCCCCCCACAGAAGCCCCCAAGGCUGCCCAGACCCCUGCCAGCAAGAAGAAGUCCACCAAGAAGGACAAGAAGUAAGCUGAGGCGUUUGGCGUGGGAAGCGGCGAUAGCCCCAAACAUACAGCUCGAUUCCAUAUCCCGCUCUCUAUCUACUCCUGAUGGUGUGUUAGCUACCUUCUUUUGUUUCGCUUUGUGCUUCUCUCACUGUUUUAGUUGAGAAAAAAAAAAAGCUUCAGAAAAAGAGAACCUCAAGCACUGAGGUAGUAGUCUUAUGCUGUACUUUGUUUAGAGAUUUUUUGUGUCCUUUUUUUAUUUCCUUCUUCUGUCAUUAUUUAGUCGUAUGUAUACUGCCUAUCUUGGUCUUGCUCCUUGGUCUUGACUUCAUAUUUUGAACAGCAAUUUCAAUCUUCAGUUAAGGUGAGGGGUGCAUGAGAUAGGGGAGAUGUAUUCACAUGGUAUUUCAAGACCCUGUAGUUUAAAACAGGGACUUGUGUCCAUGUUGUGUAAGAUAAUUUUACUGUGGAAAAAAAAAAGACAAAAGAAGAAUGAUAACAUGGUCGUUUGUCAUGCAAAGGAUUUUAAUGUUCCUUUCUAAAUGAAAAGUAGAUGCUUCUUGUGGUGACAAGAACGACAAUGUUUUGUUAGACUUCUUACUCUAAGAUGAUGUGCCAUAGCUUGAGACAAUUGCAUGACCCAACAUAACCCAAGGAAUUAGGCCUAUUAAGACAGACUAUGCAGUGAAACAAAGAGAUUUUUGAUGGAUCUGAAUUAGUAUGACCUAAAUUGGAGCUUGUUACAACUAAUGGCAAGAAUCAUUCAAUGUUUGAGUCAUAUAGAAGAACCAGACCGAACUCUUGAUGUUUAUAAGAUUAUUUUAGACAACCAGAUAGAUUUUAGUCGUUUAACAAGAAGAGCUCAAUGUGAAGUCGGCACUGUUCCACUUGUAGUUAGACUUCAGCCCAAAGGUUUCUCUCUCUCUGUGUUUUUCUUACCUUACAAACGUGCAUCACACCAAGUAUUGUAUUGGAUUAGAGUUGGUUUGACAACACAUUUUUUACCAAUCUUACCAUUUGAUUAGUGUUACGCCAUAUUGGCCCAAUCAUACAGGGUCUGUUAUAUGUGGUAAUGAUGGUCCCAUAGACAGAGCUCUACUAUCAUGAAGUGCUUGUGGAGAGAAAUUACAUGAAGUUAUUUGGGAAGUAGAAUUCGAAGGAAUGGGUAAAGUAGGCAGAGGUUUUGGGGAAGCGGAUUCUACAGAGUGGGGGAAUUGGAGGAAGAGCCGAGACUCUUCGCAGACAAUAACCAGGAAGGCUCUGGAACAUUUUGAAGGAUGAAACCCUAGACUAGCACACGAGUGAUUGGGUGAUUUGCCGCAGAGGAAAGUGUUUUCGGCUACGCGUCAUCCACUACAACACUUGCGCCCAAACUGGGAUACUCACGCCGUUAUAGAGCACACACACACAGGCUGCUUUUGGCAAGAUUUACACUUGUGGCAAUACCUGCCCAUGCUCCACAUGGGCCAGAUGGGCAGCGGCUCAGGCCGCAUACUGGCUAAACACAAAGCAAUGGCAGUCCACUCUGAUCUAGUGUUUUUUGUAGACUUGCCCAGAAUGUUUGACACCUGCCUUUUACUCCAGCACCCUAAGAGCACCACCACUCUUCCCUGAUGUAUAUAAAUCACAUAGCCAGUCAGUACGAGCUCCUGAGCCACCAGACCGGCUACUACUGGAAUGUUUAGACUAUUUUUAAGAAAAACAAAAGUAAAAGAUGGAAAAAAAAAAAGAAAAAAAAAAAACAUUAACCUCUUAUGUGUAGUGUGAUAUGGUAUGCGCAUUUAGGCCAAACUAACCAACCUGUAAAUAAUCGGAUUUAAACUCUUGCAAAAGACACACAGUUGUAGGCUUGAAGCUCGUGAAAUAUUGUGCAUAUUUUUGUGUUUUCCUCUCUCUCUAUCGCUCUUUCUAUCUCUCUCUCUCUAUCUAUCUCUCUUUGUCCUUCUCUCGUUUUCUUCCGUUUGAUCACUGAGACUUUUAAGAAUAACACAGCACACUAAAAUGUCUUUGAGGUGUUUCCUCAUUCCUGUGUACUCUUUUCUGUGUUUGUAAUUUCAAUCAAUUGUUAGUGUUGCUGGAAUGCCAUCCCUGUCCAAAUGAAUAUAAAUAUAUAUUAAUGUGCGUCUUCUGCUGGAAUACUUAAUAUACUGUAAUAUCUUUCAUAUUAAAUGCUUAGAGCUUCAUGUUACACGUUUAUUUUAUAUGCUAAUAUUUAUAUUGCUGUUUAUUUGUUUAUGUUUUUUCUUUAUUCCCUGAACACUGACAUUUCAAAAUAAAAGUUCACUGGAGCUUU